AUGGCAAACUCACACAGCUUCUCUCUAUGGCUUCUUGAGGUCUUUGUCCUCUCCGGCCUCCUCAUCUUCUUCCUCUGGCUCAGCCUCCAUCCAUCUAAACCAACCUACACCAUCACUCAAUUCUCCAUCUCCGGCGACCAAAACAACUCAUCCUUCACCAUUGAGAUCUCCAACAACAACAGAGGAGGAAGAGUUUAUUUCAGUGACAUCAACAUCACUAUUUACAUUGAUGAAAUCAGUGCUGGAAAUACCAUGUUGCCACCUUUCUAUCAAAGGCAUGAAAGUACUACAACAAUUAUGGGAGGUGCUAAGAUUGAUCAGAGGGUUUAUGGAGUGCUGCAUGGGAAGGCAGAGUUGAAGGUUGGCUUGGUCACCAGAGUGAAGUAUAAGAUAUGGCUUUGGAAAAGUAAGUUGCAUGGGAUGGACAUGGUGGCCACUUUGCCUCUUGGCGGAGAUGGCAAACUCAAGAUCAAGAAAGCAAAGAUGCAUAGAAGACACACGGCAAGUGCAAUCAAGAGAAAACUUCGUUUGUAG